GUCACAUGAUGCGGCAUCAACAAACACUGGCGUAAAACCGGUGCAGUGGGUAGUGUAGGAAGUAAUUCAAAACUUGCUCACCUUCCAUCUCGUCACAUUUGGGCGAUGCAUCUGUACGCUGCAACUUUCCUGUGGAUAUCAUGCCUUCUUCCCAGCCAGGUUGAUCUCUUGAACAACGGGCUGGCAAGGACACCUCCCAUGGGGUGGCUAGCUUGGGAGAGGUUCAGGUGUGAUAUUGAUUGUAAAGAUGAUCCAGAUAAUUGUAUUAGUGAAAAGCUAUUCAAAACGAUGGGUGACCUGCUAGUGAAAGAGGGUUACAAGGAUGCAGGUUAUGAGUAUGUCAACAUAGAUGACUGCUGGCUUACUCACAGCAGGAAUGCUAAAAAUCAGCUGGUAGCAGAUCCUACGAGGUUUCCCAGUGGAAUUACGAAUCUAUCUUCUUAUAUACACAAUCUUGGACUGAAGCUAGGUAUAUAUGAAGACUUUGGGACCAAAACUUGUGCGGGAUAUCCUGGGAUACUGUUCCAGAUGGACACAGAUGCCCAGAUGUUUGCCGACUGGGGCGUGGACAUGCUGAAACUUGAUGGGUGUAAUGUUCCCACAGAACUUAUGCCUUAUGGAUAUCCAGAGAUGGGCAGGGCUCUCAAUAGAACUAACAGACCCAUAAUGUACUCUUGUAGCUGGCCUGCUUAUCUAGCAGGAGGACCAAAACUGCCAGACUAUCAAGCCAUCGCCCAAUCAUGCAACUUGUGGAGGAAUUAUGAUGACAUUCAAGACUCCUGGGAUAGCUUGAAGGGGAUUAUCGAUUUUUACGGAGAUGAUAAAGGGAACUUCAGUAUGUUUGCUGGACCAGGGGCAUGGAAUGACCCAGAUAUGUUAAUCAUUGGCAAUUAUGGUCUGAGCUAUGACCAGCAGAGGGUUCAGAUGGCAAUGUGGGCCAUCAUGGCUUCCCCACUGCUCAUGGGGAACGAUCUAAGGCACAUAGCACCCGAGUCUAAGGCAAUACUGCAGAAUAAGAAUGUAAUAGCUAUCAACCAAGAUCCCAUGGGAAAAAUGGGGAAGAGAGUUAUUAAGAACAAUGACAUUCAAGUGUGGACGCGCCCUGUUAUGCCAACUGGAAGCUACGCCUUCACCAUCGUAAACUACGGUGUAUACGGCACACCUGCAAAGCUGAACUACAAGUUAAGUGACAUGGGAAUAUCAGGGGCAAAGUCUUACCUCAUUACAGAAGUGUUUGAUGGGGGCAAAAUAGGAGUUCACACAACUAGUGAUGUAGUUACUUACACUGUCAAUCCCACUGGUGUGUUUAUGGGAAAGGCAAUACCACAGUGAUAAAAGGAGAAAAAUGGUUUGAAGAGAGUAUCUCAACAAUAUGGAGCUUGAUGCAAGCUAUAAUGUUAAAGGUCCCACUGGAUAUUUGC